AUCCACAUGAUUAACCCCUAACUGGAUAAACAAAUCGCUUUCCUUCAUUGUUAUCUCAUCAUCCAUUGCCCUACUUUAAUCAUGGCUCGGUAAUCUACGGUUAUUGUUCAUAGCUUGGGGAAAAAAUGGUAAAUGCUGUCAUUUGUAAGACGCUUUGCAUAGAAGUGCAUCAUACGCCUGUCAAUGUGUUGUGAAUCAUGUUCUCUUUCUAUGGAUUUGUUUGUUGGUGAACUAAUUCUUUAUGAUGAUAAAAUCUACAAUGUGUUAUAUUCGUUCUUUUAAAAAUCUAAUUAUGUCAAGCACAAGUUCCCUUGGAACUCCAUGCCGUGCAACUGCUUUAGUGGCAAUUGCUGCUCUCGUCUCUCUAUGCAUCAUGUUUUUCUGGACUUCACCUCUAACCAAGCGCCCACCACCAUUACCCGCAACUAAACAAUAUUUAGAAAGACACCGCACUAAGACAACCUCCUCCCCUGCAAAGGAGAAACCUGUACUUUUGUUGUGGGUCUGGCCUGAAAAUUACAGAUUUGAUCUGAGCGACUGUAAAACCAUUUACAAUAUUGAUGGCUGUCACCUGACGGACGAUAGAGCUCUCUACAGCAGUUCAGACGCAGUCCUUGUUUAUCACAGAGCUAUUAGCCAGGACCUGUCCACCCUUCCACCAUCUCCUCGUCCCUCGUUCCAAAAGUGGAUCUGGCUUAAUGUAGAAUCGCCAACAAACACACAGAAAAUUGCAGGGAUUGAAAACCUCUUUAAUCUGACUCUCAGUUAUAGAGAGGACGCUGACAUUCCUGUGCGGUUGAGACUGACAGGCAACAAAACUCCAAAUGAGGAUUUUAAAAUUCCCAAAAAGGACAAACUGGUCUGUUGGAUCGUAAGUAAUAAUGCUGCCCAUACAGGUGUCGGCAAGAGGAACGCUUACUACAAUGAACUUAAAAAACAUGUCAAUAUACAUUUGUUUGGAAAAGCGUACGGAACAUUCCUGGAUUAUAAAGACUAUUAUCCCACCAUAGCCAGCUGCAAAUUUUAUCUGUCUUUUGAGAAUUCAAUCCACAAGGACUACAUCACAGAAAAGUUCAAUGGACCUCUGUCAGCAGGUACUGUACCUGUGGUGCUGGGACCUCCCAGAAAGAACUAUGAGAGGUUUGCACCGGGUGAUGCCUUCAUUCACGUGGACGACUUCCCAGACGCAAAGUCACUGGCAGAAUAUCUGACGCAGCUGGACAGAGAUGAAGAUGCGUAUCGCAGGUACUUUAACUGGAGGAGACAUUUCUCAGCACGACCUCAUUUAAUAGUACAGAAUCAAGAGUUUGUUCUGGCCAUUUGCACGGCCUGCGAUCAUGUAGCGAGACACAAGGAAUAUCAAGAAGCUCAUGAUAUCUAUGAAUGGUUUUUUAACUGAAGUAACCUCUCAGAUUUUGGUGGAUGAAAAAGUUGCGUAAACUUUUAAGAGGAGAUGUCCCAUGUUUUCAUAUGCCUAAUCAAACAUUUACAUUUUUGCAGUAGAUUGUG